AUGUACGGUCUUCUAUUGCAAUCGGCUUCGGAGAUUAUUCGAGCAAGAUAUGGACAAGAAACGUGGGAAAAGAUUCGAAUUGCCCUUCACCUGGACUCGAAUAAAUUUUCAGCUUUUCAGCAGUAUGGAGAAACAUUAUUUGUACGAAUUGCGAAAAUAUUAAGUGAAAUCAUAAAUGAGCCCGUUAGCGAUAUUAUGGAUUUAUUCGGUGUAGAAUUCGUGUCAUUCAUAUCGAGUUAUGGUUACGAUCGUGUUCUCAGAAUUCUGGGGCAUAAUAUGCGAGACUUUUUGAAUGGUUUGGAUAAUCUACAUGAAUACAUGCGAUAUACGUAUCCUCGAAUGCGUCCACCAUCGUUUUAUGUUGAAAAAGAGACUGUAAAUGGCCUUACACUUCAUUAUCGCAGUCAUCGACGAGGAUUUAUUCAUUAUGUUGCCGGCCAAAUAACUGAAGUCGGUCGCCGAUUCUAUAAUACAGAAGUCGAAAUCAAAGCGAUUAGUGAAAGCGAAGAAUUUGACAUUGUACAUGUCAUAUUUCAACUGGAAUUUGAAAAUACAGCCUAUAGUAAACAGAUUACAUCGGACAAAGAUUCCAACGAACUCGAUUUAACUAUUGACUGUCAUAUUUUCUUUGACUUAUUUCCAUUUCAUAUGGUUAUUUCGGAAUCAUUAGAAAUCAUAUCAGCAGGAGAUUCGCUAACACAACUAUUUCCGAAUAUUGUUGGUGAAUUAGUUCGAGAUAUAUUCAAUCUUGUUCGACCACUCAUUACUUUAAAUUGGUCCCAAAUUGUUUUACACUCGAAUAAUGUGUUUGAAUUUUCAACAAUUGAACCACUUCGUAAACAACCGGAUGACAGUGAACUAACUAUCAAUCAGACCGGUGAUCAAUUUCCGUCUGAUAUGAUUAUCACAACGACACCGCCGCGUGACGUUCAAGAAGAGUAUUUACGUCUCCGAGGUCAGAUGCUAUACGUCUACGAAUGGAAAGCUAUUAUUUAUUUAGCAACACCUGUUUUGGAAAAUCUCGAUGUAAUGUUUAAUACUGGCUUAUUCAUAAAUGAUCUUUCUAUGCAUGAUUCCAGUCGAGAUUUAGUUCUAGCUGGUACUCAACAAGGUGCCGAACUUAAAUUAGCACUUGAUCAAGAACGACAAAAGAGUAAAGCAUUAGAAGAAAGUAUGAAGAAAUUGGAUACGGAGAUGAAAAAGACGGAUUUACUUUUAUAUCAAAUGAUCCCAAAAAAGAUUGCUGAUCGAUUACGAAGUGGAGAAAAGCCGGUGAAUCUUUGUGAGACAUUCGAAAGUUGUACCAUCUUAUUCAGCGAUGUCGUCGGUUUUACAUCCAUCUGUGCCUUGCUUACACCCAUGGAAGUCGUAUCAAUUCUCAAUGAAAUGUACACUAAAUUCGAUAAAUGUUUGGAAACUCAUAACUGCUAUAAAGUGGAAACUAUUGGUGAUGCUUAUAUGUUAGUGAGCGGUUUACCCGAGCGUGCGCGAAAUCAUGCGGCUGAAAUCAUUGAUAUGGCAUUUGAUAUGCUUGAUUCCAUCAUUACCGUGACAAAUCCGACAAAUAACGAAAAACUGAAAAUCCGCAUAGGCUGUCAUAGUGGCCCAGUCGUUGCUGGGAUCGCUGGAAUAAAAAUGCCACGUUAUUGUCUCUUUGGCGACACGGUAACAACUGCGAAUAGAAUGGAACAAAUGAGUAAAACACUGCAUAUUCAUAUAACCGAUACCACAUAUCAGUUGCUUGAUCGUAAAAUCUACGAAGUUCAAGAAUGUUCGAAAUUGAUGUUGAAUGGUAACACAUCACUGUCGACUUACCUCGUCUUACAUAAAAAAGAUCGUGCGGGUAACAUUCAACUGCGUCCAUUUCAUAAAGUUCUACAAGAAAUCACUCGAGAAGAAGCUGAAAUAGCUAAAUUCAAACAGAAUGCCGACGCGAAGUCGGCUGAAACAACAAAUCAUGUUUCAUCUACAUCGAAAACCAAUGGUGUUAGUCGACCAUCGCCUCCAAAUAAAACCAAGCCCGUCGAAUCAUCCAAAAGUCAACUCAUCAGCGAUAUCACAGCACAUUCAACGCCGAAUUCUUUAUCAAAAAUUAAAAUUCAACACGAAUCGACCAUGAAAAGCAUGGAACAUAGCGAGACACCCGAUUUCAAUAAAUCAAUACAAAGACAAUCACAUAGCAAAACAUGCACUAUUCUCUGA